AUGGCUGGAAUAUCAUUGCUUUUGGAUCUAUGGAGGAAAAACCAAAAUUUUAACACUGCAAGAAACUAUCAAUCUUCAUGGUUCAUCUCUGCAUCUGCUACCACUGCCUCUUUUGCUCUAGGAUCCGCUUUUGCUUCAAAGGACUUUUUUGGGACACCAUCAGUUAUUGCUUAUUGUGAUGUUGGAGCAGCAACAUCAGAAGAUUAUAUUCCUACCAAACGAAGUGUACCUGAGAGAUAUUUUUACCAUGAUACUCUAAAAUAUACAACAGCAAAGAACUACAACAUUGAACUUAAGCCUUUGUCUUCUGCUUUUGAAUUGUGGACAUUUGGAUUGAUUACCCUAAGGUCGUUCUUGAUGUUCUAUUUGCCACUUUUGGAGCCUCAUGCAAAGAUGGAACAAGACGAUCAUGACUAUCUUCAAACAAAUAAUCAAAAUACCAUCUGUCGCAAUCUUUCCGUCCCUUUUAAAAAGUCGAUAUGGCAAAUUAUCCGAGAGGUAACUGUCCUAACAACUAGACGCAUUUUAGAAAGAGUCUCUUUCUAUUAUCUUUCUCGAAGAAUGGCAUGGAAGCUUCUUAAAGAUGUUCCUGCAUCAGCUACUCGCAAGGCUGCAAGAAAAAUGCCAACUCUUGUCUACUUCCUCUCUGUGACCAGAACAACAUUCAGAGGGUACAUACUUGGAGUUGCAGCAUCAUGGAUUGUCCAAGUAGGCAGCAAAUUAUGUCAAUUUGGUAUUUCUAUGUGCCCAUGCAAGAAAGUAAAUGAUAAUAACAUUGAAAAAUGUGAGAAAAUUAGACAAGUGAAGCAGAAGGUUUUUGUGGCAACAGUAAAGUGUAGUGCCUCUCUUGUUUUUGCCUCUAUUGGGGCUGGAAUUGGUGCUACCCUCUUUAAACCUUCAACUGGCCAGUGGAUUGGUUGUAUUAUUGGUGAUUUAGCGGGUCCAGUUAUUGUAGCAGUUUGUGCUGACAAAGUUUUUCACUUGAAUCUCAAUUAG